UUUUUCUUUUUCUUUCACUUUCUUCUCUCUUUGCCGUCACUCGCAACAUAUCCUUCUCUCUUCUUUCUUUCUUCUUUCCUUAGUAUUUCACAAAGAACACGGAGUGAGAGAGAGAGCGAUUUUGACGCGCUUUGUCACAAAGUCAUGGAUUUGCUUCUUAGACUUGACUCUAUUCAGAAAAUGUGGUACUCAGCAGCCAAACAUGGGCCUAGCUAAAGUAAAACUUGACUGAAAAAUGGCCUCAGAUCCGAAGGUUCACGUUCUUGAAGAAGUGGCAAAACACAACAGCACCAAAGAUUGUUGGCUUAUUAUUUAUGGGAAGGUAUUAGGCCAUCGGAUGAACUGGGUUUUAGGCAUUCUAUGUUUCUAAGUUUCUGUUUACCCAAAAGAGGUACUCUCAUAAGCAGAGCUUUUCACGUUGGUAAGCACUUCUCAAAUCCAAGUACCGAGGACAUUUUCUUUAGAGCAAUUUGUGUUAAUUUAAAGCAGAGGAGAUGGAAACUCUUGGAACAAAUGUCUCCGAGCCUUACCAAUUCAUUAGUAUGCCGUGUCAUUCAGAAAUUUCGGAACUCGUCACAGUUAGCUUUAGAGUUUUACAAUUGGGUUGGAGAGAAGAAGAGAUUUUCACACUCAUUGGAAUCUUGUUGCACUGUAAUUCAAUUGUUGGUCAACUCAAGGAGAUUUGAUGAUGCCUUGGCUAUUAUGCGGAACUUAAUGUGUGAAAGUGGUGUCCCUCCGUUGGAGAUUUUGGAAGGGUUGAUUAAUAGUUAUGAAGGAUGUGAUCCAAGUCCGGCAGUGUUUGAUGCAUUGGUAAGGGCUUGCACUCAGUUUGGGGCCACUGAUGGUGCUUAUGAAGUCAUCAAGAAGCUGAGAAUGGAGGGUGUUUGGGUUACAAUUCAUGCUUGGAAUAACUUUUUGGGUCACCUUUUGAAGUUGAAUGAGAUUGAUAGAUUUUGGAAGUUGUAUAAGGAAAUUAUUUCAUAUGGGUAUAUUGAAAAUGUGAAUACUUUCAAUUUGGUUGUUCAUGCUCUUUGUAAGGAAUGUAGAUUACUUGAGGCAAUCUCAGCAUUCUACCGGAUGUUGAAGAACAAAAUUUGGCCCAAUAUUGUUACUUUUAACAUGAUCAUAGAUGGAGCUUGUAAGAUGGGUGACUUGGAACUUUCCUUGAAGCUUGUGAGGAAGAUGGGAGUGAUGUCAGGGGGGUGUGUACAACCCAAUUCAGUAACUUACAAUUGUGUCAUAAAUGGGUUUUGCAAGGUUGGGAGUGUAGCAUUGGCGGAAGAAGUGCUUAAUGUAAUGACUAAGAUGGGUAUUGAGUCCAAUGAGAGGACCUACGCAACUUUGAUAGAUGGGUAUGCAAGAGGAGGGAGUUUGGAUGAGGCUUUUAAGUUGUGUAAUGAAAUGGUGGAGAGGGGCUUGAUUCCUAAUACUGUUGUUUACAAUACAGUCAUCCAUUGGCUCUAUAAGGAAGGAGAUAUGGAGGGAGCUUCUUUUCUAUUGUCUGACAUGAUUGAUAAGCGUAUAUGCCCUGAUCAAUUUACCUACUCAAUCCUUGCGAAGGGGCUUUGCAGAAAUGGAUAUGUGACUGAAGCUCUUAAACUUAAUAACCAGAUUAUUGAAAAGAACCUCAUUGCAGAUGCUUUUAUUCACAACAUUCUCAUCAAUUAUAUGUUCAGAAACAAUAAUUUAGCAGGAGCCAAGCAACUGUUGGGCAGUAUGUUUGUUCACGGUUUAAUGCCUGACCUUGUUACCUAUGGUAGCUUGAUUGAUGGGUACUGCAAGGAAGGGAAUGUAGACGGUGCAGUUCAGGUUUAUGAUGGAAUGAUAAAGGUGGAAGAAAAAUCAAACUUGGUAAUAUACAAUUCUGUUAUAAAUGGAUUAUGCAAAUUGGCAUCAAUGGAUGUUGCGAAACUUUUGAUAGAUAUUUUACAGAGGAUGGGUGUACUUGAUGUCAUAACCUAUAAUACUUUGAUAAAUGGCUAUUGCCUCAGUGGGAAGACUGAUGAGGCUUUUACAUUGUUUUUGGAAAUGAGAAAGGUGGGGAUUUUUGAAAACAGAGUUACUUACAAUACAUUAAUCAACUUCUUGUGCAAGUUUGGGUGUUUUGAACAAGCAAAAGACCUUAUGAAGAUGAUGGUUCUGCGUGGAAUUGUUCCUGAUAUCAUAACGUACACAACUCUUGUCACCCAUUUCAGUAAGUAUCGCGGUCCAGAGGAGGUGAUUGAAUUGCAUGAUGAGAUGAUGCUUGAGGGAGUAAUCCCUGAUAGACAAACAUAUAAUGCCAUUGUUAGACCACUUCUUCUCGAAGACCAUCCGUAGACUUGAGACAGAGAGAGGAAGAUUAAUCCUCAGCUCUACUGCUUCCCAACCUCAGUUCUUGGGAUGAAAAGAAGAUUACUCAUCUCUUUGGCCAAAGCUGGGUGGGAAAUAUUUUCAAUACUCAUGUUUCUCGAAGUUCCACUGAUGAUAAUGAUCUUCUGGAUUCCGGUCAGUAAUUUUACGGUUAAAUCGGUGUACAAUGUCCUCCAAGAGAGUCCCUCACCUAAUGUUCCUCUUGACUCCAAAGCUCGGGAUAAGUUAUGGAAGGCAAAGAUUCAUGAGAGACUUAAGCUGCUAAUCUGGAAUAUGAUUUUUGUUAGGCAAAAGAAUCGCCGCUCAUCUAAAGCGCCAGAAAAUCCCAUUAAGGUAUCUCAACAAUCUUGAGCACAACAAUGAUAAAUUAUCUUGAUUUCUUCUCUUCUCAUUCGAAUUGAUAGUCAUCUUAGGCAGAUUUAUUUUUUAGAUAACAAAUAUACCCUUAAGUUGUGGCUGCAUCUCUAAUUAAAUUGAUUGGAUGGCAAAGUAACUAUCAAUGGAUUCCCAAGCAAUUCUCAUAAGCAUUCUUGACUAUUCGAUCUAACAUUUCAUAACAUUGACUGGUCGAAAGAAAUUGACGGUAAUCGGAUGUUCGAACAUUGUAACUGGUGAUGAAUUAGAGUGGAUGUCUGUGUGGUGAUUUGUUGUCCCACAUAGAGAUCCAUCCUUAUUACCUCGACAGUGGCGCAUUGCCCUUGGAACUCAGAGGUCAUAUAAGCAGGAUGCAACAAAAAAGGAGAAGCGGCGGUUAUAUGAAUCAAGGAGAAGAAAGUGCAAAUCUGCCGGAGUCUUACUAUCAGGCUGCCAAGAGUCAGACAAGUGUCUGUCAAAGUCAGACGUGGUUUUAUUAAAAAAAAAAAAAUUUGUAGAAAAAUCUCUCUUCCUAGUCCUGCUAGAUUUUGUUAUUUUUGUUUUUGUAAAAUUUUUAUGAGUUAAUAUUUAGUUUUUAAUGCCUCAAUUUAUUUUUGGAUUUAAAAUUAAAAUCUAGGGGUGGAAGGUUAACCAUUUAGGGAUGGUAUCACCUAAAAUGAAUUUUAUCAUCCUAAAUUUAGUGUUAAUACCUCAAAUUUAAAUUUCUCUUUAAUAUCUCUCUUCUUCAAUUUAAAAAACAAAUUAAAAAAAAAAAAGAAAAAAGAAAGAAAAAGGUUAGAUGUCUGACGCUUGAGGCAGUCGGAAAUCUCAAUUCAGUCUGCAGAGUUGGCAAGUUGGCGGCAAGUUGGUUCUGGAAAGGAGGUUUGUUAUCUUUACAAAAGAUUUACAGUGCAGAAACAUGCUAUGGACAUGGAACAACAGCCUAGCCUUUGUAUCGCUCCAUAUUUUAAAACCCUCAUUUAAAGAGAUUACUUUGAUGAUAAAGAUUAUUGUAAUAUUCAUAUUAGGUAAUGAUAUUUAUUCAUGAGGAAUUUAUGAGAUCA